UCUUCGAACCACAAUUUUCUCGUUAACGACAAUGCAAGCAACAUGCUUUGUCAUUAACGUUACCUUUGACAUUCCCUCCUUCUAGUAAUAUCAUGAAGCCUCCUUCGCGCCCAACUAAAUUCCCAUAAUUCUGGUCUCAGAUCUGACUUGAGGAGCAGGACACAGCAAAUACUCACAUGUCUCCAAUCAUUUGAGCGCACCAAGUGGUGAUCGAUCUGAACUUUAGCUUCAUUGCUUCCUCUUGUGGGAGUUGAUCCUUGAAACAAGCAAGCUCAACAAAUUUGUCUAAUAAGACUGUCGAAAAACAGAGUUCUCACAGAAUGAAGGGUUUAAUCUCACCAAUUGAAAGUGCCAUGCCAUCUCCUCUUUUUCUAUGGAGGUUUAAGGUGCUACUCUUUCUAAUGUGGGGCUUUAUUUGUUGCAAGGUUGGAUGGGAUUCUGUCAUGAGAAUGGAUACAAAUUUGCAAAAUCUUUUUAUAUAUGAGGCAUUUUUGUAUUAUAACCCCCUUCUUCUUGUGACUAUGAUGGUCUGGCUUUGGGGAGUGAACUUGUGGAUUUUUUCACAGUCCAGUGUAACCUAUGCAAAAGUUUUUGAUCUUGAUCAAAACCAUCUUACUCACAACGAAAUAUGGAAGUGUAGUACAUGGAUGACAAUCAUUGUCCCGACUAGCAUGACUGCUUAUCUCUAUCUAUAUUCUCAUGGGGAAGUAUCAUUGGCUGCUUCACAACCAGUGCUUCUUUACAUCUUUGUUGCAAUAGUGUUGAUCUUUCCCUUUGAUAUUUUUUAUUUGUCAUCUCGUUUCUUCUUCUUAAGGACAAUGUGGCGGAUUGCUUUCCCUCUACAGCCAAUAACAUUUCCUGACUUUUUCUUGGCUGAUAUUUUCACUUCCAUGGCAAAGGUAUUUUCAGAUUUGGAGCGCUCAUUUUGUAGAAUGGUUAACAAACAGGUGGCUACAAUUGCAUGGCUUGAAGCUGAUUCUGUUUGUGGUAGCCAUUCAAUUGCUAUACCGAUGGUACUUGUGCUCCCUUAUCUCUGGCGUUUAUUGCAAUGUCUUCGACAGUUCAAAGAUACCAAGGAAAGAACAUGCCUUUUUAAUGCAUUGAAAUAUUCAACAGCAUUCCCAGUGAUUUUUCUUUCAGCCCUUAAAUAUCAUGUGUUCCCUGAGAAGUGGGCAUCUCUUUAUCGGCCGCUUUGGCUUCUCUCGAGUGUUGUUAAUUCGCUCUAUUCAUUCUACUGGGAUAUCACUCGAGAUUGGGAUUUAAGUAACUUUUCUCGCAUAUUCAAGUUCAACAAACCAAGUCUGGUUUCCAACCUGUUUUAUGGGAGAAAAUGGAUAUACUUUUGGGUAAUUGGAAGCAACUUCCUCCUGCGCUGCUCCUGGACAUAUAAACUGUCUGCCCAUCUCCGCCACAACUACCUGACAGUGUUUACAGUUACUGCUCUGGAGAUGUUCCGGCGAUUCCAAUGGGUGUUUUUCCGUGUUGAAAAUGAGUGGAAUAAGAUGACUCGAUCCGGUGUUCAACUUACGGAAAUCCCAAGGGAAGAGGAGAAGUUGCUCGGCUCUGACAAUCAUCAAGUAUAGGCUCCACGUUUUGUCUGCAUUUUCAUGAUAUUAAGGCAGGCCCUGCAACAUCAAAAAAAGGAGCAGGUGGCAAUCCUACUGAGCGCUCUGGAUUCAAAAUCACUGAGCUUGAUGAGGCAAAAAGAGGAUGAUCUGAUGCAGGCGAAAAAGAAAACUAGAGAGCUAGAGGAUUGCUUGAGAAAAGCAGAGAUGGAAAGCGAAGCAUGGCAGAGACUAGCCAAGGAAAAGGAGGCCAUGGUGGUAAGGCUGAUGAAUAGGGGAUGGAAAGUAAAAAAUAUAACAAGCAGGAUAGUAAACAAAUGUACAUGCAUUAUAUCUUCCUCUAGUCUAAAAUAAACAAACAGGGGAUGGCAAGUGAAGAGAAUAACAAGCACAUAUCACCAAUUAUUCAAGUCAAGGAAGAAAUAAUCUUCAAAGAAGGAACAACAGAGCAGGGACGCGAUGGAAACUAGAAAGGAUAGUAGAGAGCAAGAGAUUGGCCGGAGGUUACUUGGUGCUUCAAUACGGUGGAGAUUGGUUGCUAGACAUCGUCGCCUAUGACUAAUGAAAGGAAGCAAAUCUGAGGUGUGGAGAGUUAUGCGCAACACAGAUUGGGAGUUGUGUGUUUCGAUCUGAGGUGUGUGUUUUGAACUAGAUUGGGAGGUCAUGGGAUAAUAAAAGCAACAUGCACAAGAAGCAAGCAUAGCUCAGGUAGAUAGAAGACAAGAGAGAGAAAGCAUCAAAAUUUAAAAUGAAUUUAAUGCUUCCAAUGGGCAGUAACAUUAACGCUAAGGAGAGAAAAGCCGAAUUAGUGGGCUUCUUAAUUAACUCGCAUUUACAUGCUAACUGAGGUUGAAAAAUUAUGCUAAUUCAAAUAAGAUUUUUUUUUUUUAAUAUUUUGCAUCUUAACCUCAGUUUCACCCAUUCUAACUGAGGUUAGAAUGUAAUUCAAACAUACACAUAAUAUAUGUAGGCUCGUUAUCAUAAAUUAGAUAUCAAUUUUGUUGCCAGUGAGCGUUACUUUGGUGAAAAUAUAUUUUUAAUUUCAAUUUUAGUAUAUGAAGUUUAAAUCAUCCAAAAUA